CAUGAAUCAACAUAGAGGCUGUAACAAUCACUGAGAGCACAAAAGUGCUUGGGUCUAAAAUAAAUUCUGCAGGUGGGCACCUAGGCUAGCUUUGCAUGAGAAAAUGAGGUGAUACUAUGCAAACGUGAGGUGAGUCGAGUUCAAAUAGGGCAGGAAGACCAAUUCUACAUUCAUCACUUCCUUCUCUAACACGCAUUUGUUUGGCAGCCUGGGAAAACAGCCUCUCCACACAGAGGAUUUUUGAAGGUUUGUAUUUGGCCCUUGAUGAAAAGGUUCUAAGAAAAACAAGAGAAAGCCACAGAAAAAGCCACACUUUGGAUCCCAGAGAGAGAGAAGACUACAGUGAGCCAGGACUCUGCUUAAGUCAAGUAUGAAACUGUGCUGUGCGGAGUACGGAAAGUCUGAGUGGAAACUGACAAUCCUGCAGUUUGGGAGCCAAGCUGGAACUCCUUCCAUCUGUAUCCAGACAUUUAAGAAUUUGGACGGACUCCACAGGAAGGUUUUCCAGAGCACUUAAUCAAGUACUCCGGAGGUUACAUUUCAGGAAAGCUCUCUUGGAUCCAAGAUAAAGGCGGGGUGUAAAAAGCGAAAACAAGAGUGGCCUGACUCAGAGGUCCUUUGGAAUCCUCCUCACUCAAGACUGCGCCUCUCCCAGCUGAGACAGCUUGGUGCCAUGGCUCUGGAGCAGAACCAGUCAAUGGAAUACUACUAUGAGGAAAACCUAACGAAUGAUACUUAUGACUACAGCCAGUUUGAAUCCGUCUGCAUCAAAGAAGAGGUCAGGCAGUUUGCAAAAGUCUUCCUCCCCGCCUUCUUCACGAUAGCCUUUAUUAUUGGACUGGCAGGAAAUUCCAUAGUUGUGGCAAUUUAUGCCUAUUACAAGAAACAGAGGACCAAGACAGAUGUGUACAUCCUGAAUCUGGCUGUGGCAGACUUACUGCUUCUGGUCACGCUGCCCUUCUGGGCAGUUAAUGCAGUUCAUGGGUGGAUUCUAGGGAAAAUGAUGUGCAAAGUAACUUCGGCCCUGUACACGGUAAACUUUGUCUCUGGGAUGCAGUUCCUGGCCUGUAUCAGCAUUGACAGAUACUGGGCAAUCACGAAGGCCCCCAGCCAAUCAGGAGCGGGGAGACCCUGCUGGGUCAUCUGUUGCUGUGUGUGGAUGGCUGCCAUCUUGCUGAGCAUACCCCAGCUGGUUUUUUAUACUGUGAAUCAGAAUGCCAAGUGCACUCCCAUCUUUCCCCCGCACCUAGGAACACCCCUGAAAGCAUCCAUUCAGAUGCUGGAAAUCUGCAUCGGCUUUGUGGUUCCCUUCCUCAUCAUGGGGGUGUGCUAUGCUAUCACUGCCAGGACGCUCCUCAAGAUGCCAAACAUUAAAAAGUCUCGCCCCCUCAAGGUCCUGCUCACGGUGGUAGUAGUUUUCAUUGUCACCCAGCUGCCGUACAACAUCGUCAAGUUCUGCCAAGCCAUAGAUGCCAUCUUCUUGCUGAUCACCAACUGCACCAUGAGCAAGCGCAUGGAUGUUGCCAUCCAGGUCACAGAGAGCAUCGCGCUCUUCCACAGCUGCCUCAACCCCGUCCUGUAUGUCUUCAUGGGGGCCUCUUUCAAAAACUAUAUCACGAAAGUGGCCAAGAAAUAUGGAUCGUGGAGAAGACAGAGACAGAACGUGGAGGAAUUUCCUUUUGACUCUGAGGGUCCUACAGAGCCAACCAGUUCCUUUACCAUUUAAUAUAAAAUUGCUCUCUGCUUUUUGCUUGCACACACACACACACACACACACACACACACACACACGCACGAGAGAUGCUUCUUCCUCAGAUAAACUAUUUGUGUUACACUGAGACUCAAAUGUCCAACACUAGACUGUUGUUGCAAUGUAUAACAAAGAAGGAGCAAGGGGUGUGGGUAUGAGGAACACAGACGCCAGAGAGUAAACAGCAAACGGCAAAACGCGGAAAUUCGAGUUAAUGACAGGAAAACAGCAUGGCAGAAAAGCAUUGUGCUAUAAACAGGAAGGCUUUGUGGUGGUGGGCUGUUUCGCAUCUUGACUGCAGCGGUGGCUACUCAAAUCUAGCUGUGCCCCACGUGACUUUCAACUCCUGGAUUUUGAUAGCAACUGUAAUUAUGUAAUAUAAAACCUUGGCUAAUGAGCACCCGAGACCAUGCCGUGUGAUAAGUCUCUGGGUAAGGAGCACCCAGGACCGUCCUGUACUGUCUUUGUAACUUCCUGUGAGUAGACUGCAACUUCAAAAUAAAAAGUUAAAAAAA